CUAUCACUUUUUGUUGUUAUUACUAUUGCAUUGGCUCCGACGAGGGCUGUGGAAGGAGAGUAGUUGAUCGGGGUAGGGAGCUAUGACAUGACAGGGCCAGCUGCCGGGGUGAACAUGAUGGGCUACGCCAACAUGGAUCAGAUAUCGGCCGGCAUCCAUUUCUGGUUAAGAGCUAGAAAUUUCAUCGUGGCUGAGAGUUCUCGAGGUCCCAGGUUUGCCUUCGUCAAUCUUGACGCAGGAAUGGCUUCACAGCUAGUCACCAUUAAAGUUCUAAAAAGACUCAAGUUAAGGUAUCCAAAUGAAGUGCUGAGCACAAAGAUUAUUGGGGAGAGGCAAUUUCAGAAGACUGUUGAACCAUUUAGUUCUGCCACUAACCAAUUAACGGGAAGAAUUGAUUAUCGCCAGGUGUAUCUGAACUCCACUAACAUUGAGGUGGAAUUAGAUGGGAACACCGUGGUCAAGACUUGUCCGGUGGCUCUAGGGGUUUUUCUGCCGGAACUACAUAUGGACAUGGGGUCUUUGGGUUUCAACAAGGUGAUACAAAGUUUAAUGAGUUCUGGAAAAAAAGUGAGGGAUUUGUUGAAGGAGCCAAGCCAGUAUCAGGUGGACUGCCAAAAACCCAAGGCAGUCUUGCUUGACACUGAAGAAAUGUUUGAACCCUAUGCUUGGGCGCUAUUCUUCCAAUUCAAAUAUUUGAGAUUGGGGAAGCUUAUCAUACUAUCUGUACCAGGAAGUAGUUUCUCUUUUAUGAUAAAUGCAGAGUUCACAACAAGGACUGGUCGGAGACUGAGGGAAGCAGUAAAGGAGACAUUGAUAAGUACUGGAAAUGGAGAAUUCGAUGAUGAAACUCACGUAAUAAUAGCAGGGCUGACGAACACUUAUUCCCAAUAUGUUGCAACUUUUGAAGAGUAUGUGCAGCAAAGACACGAGGCUGCAUCCACACUCUAUGAUCCUCAUACAUUAUCAGCUUAUAUCCAAGAAUUGAAGAAACUGGCAGAAGCAAUGGCUAAAGGAAAAAUGACACUUAAGACACUAGACCUUUCCUCUGUCCAACUCAGCCUCCUGCCUGACCCUUCUGAAGGCACUUUUGCAGUAGUAGAGAUGUUUCAAGGGGAAUGGGGGAUUCCAGUUUAUGAUGAUGAUGAUUUCUCCUUGAAAUUCAAGUGGAAGGUGGAUAAUGUUACUUUCUAUGGCUUGGCAACCCUCGAAUGGGAAGUGCUGGAGGAGGCUAGCCCUGCGGUCUAUAGGUUCAGGCACUUUGGCUCAUCUAUGAAAACAAAGGAUUCUCCAACAAGUACUUUACUGGUGCAUCUAGUGCAUUUAAUGCAUCAUAGAGGCAAUAAGUGUUAAUCAUAUCUUGUUGUAGUGCAAGACGAAGGGAAGAUGUCAGAUGUUUGCACUGAAAUAAGGUUUCUGAAUAAAUGCAUGCAUCAGUG